UUUUUUUCUGUCGUUUUAAUGAAUAUAAAAUACAUAAAGCCAUACGUACAUAACCAAAUAAUUUUUGAAAUGAAAUCAAGUUUAUACUUUAUGAGGAAGAAGAGAGGUGAAAGGUGAAAAGGAAUACGGUGCUUUAUUAAGGACGAUUAUCCAUAAGAGAAGAAGAGAGGAAGAUAUCAUUAUAUUUCUACUUAUCUUUACGGUAUAUACGAAGUGCCAGUGGAAUAGACACAAGUGAAAUAAACAUAGAUGACUUAGAAGAAUCUUAAUUUGCGAUAUUGUAGUCAGACUUUAAAUUCAUAGACGAUAUAUCUCAAUCUCUCAUAUCUGUUUAGCCAUAUUUUUCACAUAGUUUCGCGCGCACAGUUUUUAAUACAUUUUUACGCACUCCUUAUCACGACUGAUUUUACUCGCAUUCAAAUCUGAAAACAGGCGAUCCGAAGCGGUGAAACUGCUGAAACUGUUGAAUCUGUUGAAUUUCAAGAAACAGAGACUGUAUCUGUAAAGAAAAGGAAGAGUUUGCAUUUUAGUAUAUAUAAUGGUUAUCUGCAAAUAUUAUCGACAAGGCAAUUGCCGUUAUGGGCAAUAUUGUCAAUUCGAACACAUAAAUAACUUCGGUAAUACCAAAACUGACCAUAACGAGGAUGAUAUUGCUGUCACGGUAGCCAAAGAGGUACUUCUUGCGGAGAGAGGUGGACAAUGGUUAUUAUCAUGUUUUGGACCAUUCAGAGAUCGUCCUAUCAUACCAGGCAUGGAGGAUUUAUCUCCAGAGGAGGUUCGAUGCGAGAUAUAUGAGGCACAAAAAAGUGGCAUGGUUGAACAAGCGAAACUAAAUUUUCAACGAUUGUGUCAAGAUAUGAAGGCGAAAAGAGAAGCGCUGAAGAAUCCCACUCGAGAGACAAUUGCAAUGUUGAAAAAGAUCUUGGGAAGCAGCCAAAAAGGUGGGUUGAAUGUAAGUGACAAUACAGCCAAGAAAUCAUCUACUUUCUCCUUUACAGCUCCUCAUUUGGGUCUAGUCAAUAAUGCAUCAACUAAUAAUGUAUUCGGAAAUAAAACAUUCGGCGUGCAAAAUAAUAAUCCAUUUGGGGGAGGAGGAUUCACUUCCUCGAAUAACACGUCAAUAUUCGGAAAGACUAAUAAUAAUUCAACGUCAGUGUUUGGUAAUACGGCGACCUUUGGAAAUAACCUUGGCGGAUUUGCUACCACGACAAAUGCUACCAACUCCUUCUUUGGUGGAACAACCAACACUUCAACAUCGUUUAACAGUAUACAAAAUAACACGUCCACGUUCGGGACACCUCAGAAUAAUCCAAUUUUUGGCGGAUCAUCUCAAACUGUGUUUGGCCAAAAUAACAAUGUAUUUGGCACCACGAAUCAGCUCGGCAAUGCUCCUUCCACUUCGCUGUUCAACAAUCCGAUGACUUCGCAAGCAAACACUUCUUUAUUUGGCGGAGCAACAACUACUACGCCCAAUUUAUUCGGUGGCUCGUCAUCAACCGGCUUACAGGCAAACUCGGUUUUCGGAGCUUCUACCACCUCAUCCGGCUCAUCUUUUAGCGGCGGUAUAUUCAACCAACCGAAGACGCAAGUUCCUGCGUUUGGCGGGGCGCCAGUUUUCGGUGGGGUAACUUCCAACUAUGCCAAUAAUUCCAACGGCAAUUCCAUCUUCGGCGUGAAUCAAACAUUCGGCGCUACCACAGCGAUACCCACGACUGGUAUCUUUGGCGGAUCCACCGUCGCCGCGACACCAGCCUUCGGUGUAUCCGCCGCUACGACAACGCCGGCUUUCGGUACAUCCGUUACUACAACACCGGCCUUUGACCUAAAUCAACAACACGGUAAUAAUACUUUCGGAACGACCGCACCUGCCUCGAAUGUCUUUGGUGGUACACAGAAUACUGAUGCUACCAUGUCAGUAGGAACCGGUAACGCACCAUUUGGAACAUCGAUCACAGCUGGUCCAUUUGUUACUGUUAAUUCACAGCAAUACGAUUCUACGGGCGCGACCUCAACGCCGUUUGCCAGUACCGGAUUCGGUAUAGCUGUUGCGAGUACGAACAGUACAUUUGGCACCACAGAAACGUCUUCUAAUUCGAUAUUCGCGAAUGCGGGAACUACUUUCGCAACUUCCAAUGCGACUAUUCCGAAUCCUUCGUUUCCCACGUCGACGUUCGGCAAUAUUAAUGCUUCUUCGUCGACUAGCAGCACAACUCUUACUACAACCACAAAUCCAUUCGCAUCGCGAAUGCAACAAGGCAAUUCGCCGUUCGGAAACGUCGCACAAACUCAAUCUGGUCCCAUACUCUCUUCUCCAUUUGGAAAAUCACCUUUUAACGCCACGACCAACACUGUCAUCGACGAUACUGUUUACAGCGUGGAAGGUGCAUUAACGGAUGACGAAAAAAGCAUGUAUUUGGCUGAGAAAUUUAUUAUCGGUAAAAUACCACUCAAACCUCCUACCAAAGAUAUAAGGUAAUUCCAUUCAGAGAUUUAUAUAGCAAUACGUAUAAAGCAUGUGCUGUGAUAAGGACUUUUUAUUACUUGUAAAUAUCCAAAUCUUUCUACGACUCAAUGUACAUAAAAUCAGAUUUUUAGUACAAAUUCAUGGGCAGGCAACUAAAAGUUUUUAAUUUGACGGUUUCGAAUGUUAUACAAUUAGAAGAAUAAUUUGAAAAAUUAAUGUGACAACAUAAAUCCAAUUAACAUAAUCCACAUCAAUGUGUAAAAGUGAUUUUGGUUUAAAAAUUGCGGAU